UAUAAAUCCGCAAUGCCUGCCUUUGAGGUUGCCUUUCUUUCGCGUUGUCCCGCAUCGCCCUCAAGUCGCUCUCCACUUAAACCCUUACGAUAUCCACCAACCUCUAGCUUCCAACUUGCACCGGCAAACCAAACACUCCCCUACCCCUCUCUCUCAGCUAAACCGCAACAUCCGCGCCGCCCACCAUGGCCUACGCCACUUGCAACAAGGACCCGCCCGAGGUGACCCUCAAACACUGCGCCAGGUGCAAGAACGCCCAUUCCGGGGCCAGCAGCCCGCCCAAGGGCCUCGAUCAGCCUAUCACCAAGCCCUUCACCUGCCUCGAGAACGGCACCUGGCUCCACGACCGCUCCGAAAUGGACGUAUACCGCCUCCUCAUUGACGUCUUUCGCAUACGCAUCGAGGACAACUAUACGCACGGGACCCACACCGAAGGCACUAUUAUGGCCGGCGAGCCCCAUUCCCUCCAGGGCUUCCGCGACUUUAUCCCUUUAACUGGUAAAUUACAUCACAGUACAAGCAGUGAUGAUAAUUGGCAUAACCUAUACUGCUAUAUCGAGAAGAGCGAUGUCGUUGAACACUACGGCGAUCCCCAGUUUCCUAUGCAGUUGCGCCAGUUUGCCGAGGCGCUGUACGGCAACUCGCCCGGUGGUAUAGAUGGCACGGCUGUGCGGACGUUGAUGGUGCAGGUGGAGAGUGGACUUAAGCAGGGGCACAUCUCCUUGUUGGAUACAAGCGGCAUGGUCAGGCGUUGA